AGAGAGAGAGACACUGCCAACGCUUAGAAAUGUCUACUUAUAGUGUAGUCAGUUUUUGUCACUCUGGAUUCCUCACAUACCUUGUGCUAUUCUCUUUUUACAUUUCAAUAACGUCGUCAGUGAGCCUCGACUUGACUGAACUAAGAAACAAAGUUGCAAAGAUCAAAGUUCACCCAAGAGGAAAUUUAUGGGCAACAGGUCAUUUUAUGGGGAAGAAAAGUGUCGUGGACAGCGAACACUUGCCGACAGAGGAGGACGCCAUCGAGUCUGCACUGGUCGAACCCACGGAGCUCUACCACGAGGCGCUGAAGAUCGCGCUUCAAACACACCUCGACUCGCAACAGAUCCGCCAAAAUAUCCCGGAGACUGCAUUAUUAAUGAAGAUUUUAGAAAGCUACAUCCAAGGCAACCGGAAAUGGUGAUGACAUGCAUCGACUGAGAUCUUCAAAGAGUUUAAUUUACAUGUAAUAUUUAAUUGCAUUUUCAUUAAUUGUAUUUUUUUUUUUUAACUAUAGGGUACAACAGGUCUAAAGGCAUCCCGGUGUAAAAUUAACUUUUGAUUUUCUUUUCUCACAAAACACUAAAUAGCAACAAAAUCUACCACAGCACUUUCCUAAACGCCUGUUUGUCACUAUACACUGCAAAAUAUUCCUGAACCAUGAGCACAUUGCGAGUAGUGUCUCAAGCUUGAUUUUGAGGCAAUUUGAUCUUAUUUAAUAUAUAUAUAUAUAUAUAUAUAUGACUAUCCAGUAAAUGAAAGGAAAGUUUUUGUGUAAAAAGACCCACCAUACUACACUUCUUAAGUGGUGGGAAUAGAUUUGUUCUGAAAAAUGUUCAAAGUGGGCUCACAGUGACUGAUCCAAUCACAAUGAAGAUGAAUUAGUUUAUAGAAUACUAGAGAUGUUAUAAAAUGCCAAAUGUGAUUGAAAUUAACAGAAAAGUGUGCAUCCUUUUCUGAAGAAGUUAUUUUGAAUAGAAUUAUCUUAAUUUGUUACUCAAAAAAGCAUCUUGAUGUCUCAAAAUUAUUUGCAUUAAUUGACCAAUUUUGCCCAAUAACUUUAGUCCUUAUAUCUACAUGAUAUCACUAUAACCCCCCUUGGGGCCUUUUACUCCACAAAUUAUGUUGCUCCAUCAAUAUUUAGUCAAAAUAUAUAUAUAUAUUUUAUCUUGAUACAUUUUGUGACCAGAAAUUAAGAGCUAAUUUUACUUAAGCCGUGCCUUUAGCCCCAUUGUACCCUACCUAUUA